AUGGCGACCGCCACUCCAACAACAGUUUCCUCCGACGCAACGACCACCACUUCUUUUGAUGAUCCCGUUCUUAGUCUCAUCAACAAACGUAUCCGUGCAUUAUAUGAUGGGUUGAGAGAGAGGCUUAACAAGAUUAUGGCUUUGGAUUAUUUUACAACAACAUCGGAGAUAAAGGUGUUGGUUGAAGUGGUUGUCGCUGUUGCUGUUAGGACUUAUACCACUUUCCAGGUUCUAGCGCAAAGUGUGCCCAUUUCUGUGCCGGUUGAGGUGGAAGAUUCAAUUGGGCAGUAUCAGCAGAAGGAUGGGUUCAUGCAACGGCUUAAAGAGACUAAUGGAACACGACUGAAACUAGAUCAGCCUAAAAAAGUAGAGGGAAUGCAAAAUGAAACAGAGGGUUUUCUUGAGCUCUUACCUUCAGUUUGUCAAGGAAAGCCGCCAGAUACUAGAGAAGCAGAUGCAUCCAAUUAUCAAGAAACUGAGACAGCGGAUAGUCAAUUUAAUGCUGCAGAGGAACUUCAAAAGAAUGAACCCGAGUUGGAAAAUCAUCCUGAUGACACUGCAGUUCAACAAGGUGGCAAAUUACUGGCGGAUACGGACCACGAUCAGAGAGAUGUAGAACCCAGGGAGCAGCAGUCUGUUCCCCGAAGACCCUGUCACAACCAAAGGGGGUGUCGUGGUACUGGGGGUGGUCGUAGGGGUUAUUCCAAUGGUCGUGGAGGUCGAGGCAGCGGAAGGGGCAGUGGAGCCUACCAAAACGGUCGUGGGCAAUAUUAUGAUCAGCCCGGCAACAACUACUAUUCUAGGAGCUAUUAUAACAACCGGGGAAGAGGUGGCAGAAGCAGUGGCCACGCUUACAACAAUCAUGGCUUGACAGUUAAAGGUGGUCCUGCCUCGGCCGAUGUAGCCUCAUGA